CUGCCCCGGUCCAGCUGCACGGGCACAUUCAGGAGCCCGAACACUACCUCCCUGUGUGAUCUCCUGCUCCCCUGAGAAGUGUCUGGCUGAAGAGGACAGAAGAAAGGGAAGAAAUUAGGAUGAUGGACCUGCUGUGUUUUGGGAGACAGGAUGCGGGGAUCCGUAUCAAACGUUCUUCCCCAGUGUCAGAAAACGCUGCAGAAAAGUGUGCGACAACCGAAGCCUCCUAGAUGGGGCUCAUAUGAUUGCUCAUCACUAUCUCUGUCACCUCUCCGCCUCCUUCCUCUCUUGGUGUUGCAUUUGUAUUUUCUACUCACCCCUCCCCCUGGUGCACACACACACACACACACACACACACAUUCACACACAUGCACACAAACAGAAACUGCUGUGAGUUCCCCUAUCUGCCAGAGCCAGUUCCUCCAUCUAAGAUGCUGACUUGUUUAUGUUGAGGGGACGAGCGCCCGAAUCUUGCCCAGAUCUCGCGCUACACCCAGGGCCCGUUUGAGGCGUCAUCUCUAAACUUUGCUUUGUUGCAGGAAGCGGCACCAUGAGGUCUGCCCCGCUGCUGAUCUGCGGUUGAUAGACGGCUUCAGACGGCAGCGAGAGAGGAGGUCUGACUGCUGCGGGGAGCAGCAGGCCGGGGCUCAGGCGUGGAGCUCGGUGGCUGACUUUUGACGUGAGUGGCCCCUCCAGCAGGAGCCCGCUGCGGUCGCCCGCCUCUGCUGUCCCGGGCCUGUAAACACAACACAAGAGGACACACGGGAGGAGAAAGACGAAGAAGAAGGGGAGGAGGAGGAGGAGGUGCAGGGGUCAACCAUGGAGCUGUAGGGGCACGCUCAGAUGCCCGAGCGGACCGCCACAGGAGGAGGAGUGCUGCUGAGGAGAAGAUCUCUGCCAUGAACAAGACCAAGAGGAAACCCAAUGUGGAGACUCCUGGUGGGCCAAAGAGCAGGAAGCUGGUCCAGCGCAGGAGGAACACAUGUCCCAGUCCUCAGGACAUCAGCAAGGCCCUGCAGAGCCCCAGCUCUGCUCCCAGCGCCAGCGCCGCCAGCCUGGAUGAGCUCAUACAGCGCUGCCUGAACUCUUUCGACUCGGAGGGGAAGACUUCCAGCCCCCGAGGUUCCCAGCUGGUCCACAUGACCCUGAUGAUGCACAGCUGGGUCGUCCCAUCUCAGAUGUUCGUCCAGAAACUCCUCACCUUUUACAAGGACUGUCCCUCUGACAAGAGAGGACUGAGGCGGGCGCAGAUCUGCCACCUUGUCAGGCAGUGGAUCAGCCAGUUCCCGGCAGUAUUUGAGAAGGACCCCCUCCUGGAGCAGACCAUGGGGGACCUGUGGGAGCUGGUCCGGCUGGACGGAGAAAAGACGCACUCGCAGCUCAUCGACACUUCCUGCUUGAACCCUCACGUGAACGCAUCGCAGGCCCCCUCGCCCUCUGUGAAGAAGAGGAAGGUGUCUUUAAUAUUCGACCACAUGGAGCCGGACGAGAUGGCCGAGCAUCUGAGCUACCUGGAGUUUAAAAACUUCUGUAACGUCUCAUUCCUGGACUACCGCAGCUACGUGGUGCGAGGCUCUGUGAGGGACAACCCUGCCCUGGAGCGCUCUGUCAUGAUGUGUAACGGAGUGUCCCAGUGGGUCCAGCUGAUGAUCCUCAGCAGACACACAGCCCAGCAGAGAGCCCAGGUCUUCACCAAGUUCAUCCAUGUGGCUCAGAAACUGAGAGCCUUGCAAAACUUUAACACUCUAAUGGCGGUAACCGGAGGCCUCUGUCACAGUUCCAUCUCUCGUCUGAAAGACACGUCUAAUCUGCUCCCCCCCGACAUCACUAAGGUCCUGAGCGAAUUCACGGAACUCCUCUCCUCGAGAAGCAAUUACAGCAACUACCGGCGGGUCUACAACGAAUGCAAGGGCUUCAAGGUGCCCAUCCUGGGCGUGCACCUGAAGGACCUCAUCUCGCUCAACGAGGCUCUGCCGGACUACAUAGACGAGGAGAAGAUCAACCUGAGCAAGCUGCAGCACCUGUACAGCAACAUCAACGACCUGCUGGCCAUCCACAGCUGCAAGCCGCCGUUUGAGGCCAACAAGGACCUUCUGCAUCUGCUCACGCUCUCUUUGGAUUUGUACUACACCGAGGAUGAGAUAUACGAGCUAUCGUACAACAAGGAACCCAAAAACACCAAGAUUCAGCCCGUAGCUCCAGUCAAGUCCCCGGUGGUGGCCGAAUGGGGGUCAGGGGUCACCCCCAGGCUCGACUCCGACACCAUAUCCAAACACGUCAAACAGAUGGUGGAUUCCGUGAUGAAGAACUACGACCUGAACCAGGACGGCUACAUUUCACUGGAGGACUUUGAGAAAAUAGCAGCCAACUUUCCAUUCACCUUCUGCACUCAAGAAACCGAGAGGGAGGGACAAAUCAGCCGAGAAGAAAUCACCUCCUACUUCAUGAGAGGAAUGUCCGUCUGUGCCAAGCUGGGCUACAACUUCAACGACACCCAUAACUUCCACGAGACCACGUACAAGCGGCCCACGUUCUGCGACACAUGCGGAGGCUUUCUGUGGGGGGUCAUCAAACAGGGAUACCACUGUAAAGACUGUGGGAUAAACUGUCACCGACACUGUAGGGAGCUGGUCAGAACCGGGUGCCAAAAGAAGCACAAAAACACAACCGGGUCGUGUCCGUGCACCCCUGCUCCCGACUCAAGAACCAAGGGCAACAGCCUGAGUUCGGAGGAAGAGGCCUUUGUUUUCCCCCAAAGCAACGAGACUGAACAGAACAGGGUACCGUCUGACUGGACGAACAACUCGGGCGAUUCCACGCUGUCAGAUCGCUCCACGCAGACCGACCCGGGGAUCUGGACGCCCGACAGGCGGGACAGGAGGGGCAACCACCUCAACUGCGUCUCACACGCGUCUCCAGACAGAAGGGCCAAGACGCUGCCCCACCGAAGCAGAGGCUGCUCCAUGCCGGUCUCCUUCCUGCAGGACAAACUGGACGAGCUUCACCUGCACAGAGACAAAAGCCGCGAGCCGGACUGAGCCCCCCCCCCCCCACUAAUCCUCCAUGGACUAAGCAUUUCCAGCAUUUGAGCUGAAGCUGCGUCUCAGCGGCGCUGAACUGAUCGGACUCUUGGCUGUAAUAAAUGGACUUCAUGUUUUCCCCCUUGUUUAAGUUUCACUCCAAGGUUUCUGGCACCGACUGCUUUCCUUUUCCUGUGUAAUUUAUGAAAACCGUGUUUUACUUUGAUAAUGGGGUGCCCUGCAUUUCUGGUGCUAAGAUUCCUUUUUGAAGUUUCAGCAAACGCGAGUCUGUUCUCGGCCCUGGGUGGAAAAAUUCACACUAAGCAGCGGAAACAAAUGUUUAGUUGAACUCUGGCAGCUAAAGGAUGACUGAUGGGGCAAUCUGGGCUCUGAUUGGCUGAAAACCUCCCUGGAGCUGACACUGGAUUGCUGUCGCCUCACCUGAGCCGUGAUUUCCAUUAGAAAGAGGAAAAACUGUUUUUGAAGCAGCCAAGCAAACAAAAUGUUGAUUUUUCUGCCCAGAAGUUCAUUUAAAAUUUGAUUUUACGGUUCAGCGGGACUGUACUGGAACAAUACACGGUUGAAUCAUUUCCACCUUC